UUUGUUCCUACAUUGUAGGGCGCACUGCUUACACCACCAGUCACGAACUACAAGCACACUGCACACAUUACAGAUCAAUAGAACACUAUACACUGCUGCUGUAUAUAGGUACUGAGUACACUGCCUUAGUGCUACAUUAAUCCAAGUUGAUGCAUUGUUUUAUGCUUGUGGAUUGUGUGAAUACGUUUUAGUGGACAGACCAACAGAGUUCAACAUUUCUCUGAACACCUUCAUCAUCAACGCUCUACAGUAUAUUAUCGAAGUACACCGCUACACCUUUAAAAACUAUGGCAUCCUGGUUAUUUGGAGUUUCUAAACAAUCGGCUGAUCAGAUUGUUGAUACAAAAGACACACCAUCUGUUUCAACAGCGGUUAAUCCAGAACCUGUGAAUACCUCACCCACGAUGCCUCAAUUACUUUAUGAUUUACAACCAGCAAAACCAAAUAUUCCUGAUUUAAAACCUACUAGUAUGCUGGACAGCAUCUGCAUACCAUUCGUUUUAUCCAGCCAAAUUAUUAUGACUACUAAAAACUAUAGUUAUAAUUUAGAUAACACAAAAAGAAAAUUAUUAUCUGUAAAAAAAUUGAUUGAAUCAGAUGCAUACAAUUAUGAUUUUUCCAAUGAUAAAAAAGUGUUGAUCGAUACUUCAAUGUAUACUAAUUAAAAUACCACUAUGUAUAAUAAACUUCAAAUUAGUACGCAUUACUUUAUAAGUAAAAUAAAAAUGACUAUGCUUCUUAAGCUGCUUAUGUCUAGUAUUUCAUUGUACAAUAAUUGAUAAUACUCAUUAAUCAAAAUUAAAAAUUGUUUUGUAACAUUCCAAAUUAGUGAGCAAUGGACAUAAAGUCGAUGGUAAUACUGUAUUGUUAGAUGAUAGUGAUAAUCAUUGGUUUCAUUGCAUUUGUUUUAAAUUUUUCACUAGACAUAAGCAACAUUUGUUUAUCAUUAGCUUGGAAUGAAAAGUUAUUAUAAUACCUAUAAUAAUUAAAAAUGUAAUGUUAGGAAAUAAUAUUUAAAGUUCUUAUUCUCAACAUUCCUACUGAUUCAAUCAUUGGUAUAUUUUGCAUUUUCUAUGUAAUUGAAUAGACAAUCCAUUCUAUAUAAUGGACUUGAUGAAAAUAAUGUUAAGCAAUUUUAUUUCUAUAAUAAUGAAAUGGGCUUGGUAGUUGAUGCAUUCUGCAUUUUUUUUUUUUUUUUGGAACUUUGUAGACAAUGCUCUCCUAACUAAAAAUGUGUUUCAAUAGCAUGUGAAUCUGAAUAACUAUUUUUUGUAUGUAAAAUUUGGUAUUUUUUGGCUUUUUUUACUUUUUAAGUAAUACGUCCACCUUUUUAGGUAAUUUUCCAAUAUUUUUAGUCGAUUUUCCUUAUUUCCCACUAGUUGAAAGAAAAAAUAACUAGCUUAUUAAAAACUCAAUAUUAAUUAAAUUCAUUGUUUAUUAAAUAAUAUGUAGGUGCUAACAUUUAAUAAUAAACUCAAUCACUUUGCUUAUCUUAUGGUUUCCUGUCGACCAAUCCCCAAAAAAAAAAUUCACUAU